AUGGCCAAAGGGCCAACCGCGUCAUCUCCGCCUGCGGCUACUCCGCUAAAACGGUCGGAUUCGAGUACACAAAAUAUGAAGAACCAGAAGUCAAUUCUAGGGUUCUUCCAAAAGUCUUCCCCGUCAACCCCAUCCACCCGUUAUGCGGAACCUGCCUCCUCCCCGGCGCAGAGGGCCUCAGUCUCUCGGCCGGUGAAGCGCGAAGAUAAGCCCGGGAAGGCUGCGUCCAAGUUCACGAAAGACUUACCUCCUGUGCCGAGCAGUGAGCUCGACCUACCUGAAGAGCAGGAAACCAAGAAGCAGCUCAGCCCUGAAGAUGUGAAAAAUGCCUCGGAUUCUCCGUCACGUCGUUCGGCGAAGAAAGUCAACUACGUUGAAUCCGACUCCGAAGGUGAAGACAACGAUGACGAGAUCUUUCAUCCGUCUCGCAAGAGCAAUCGAGCUUCGAAGAGGAGGAAACUCUCACCAGAAAGCGAGGAUGAGUUCAAAGAUGAUAUACACAAUGCAGAAUACUCUGACGACGAAUUGGACGAUUUUGUUGUCCCAGACGGUUCUGAAGACGAGGUGAAGCCGUCUAAAAAGCGCAAGAAGCCGGCUAGCCAGCCAAAGAGCAACUCCUCCUCUUUGCUUCCACCACCUGCGGUUGAAGACCUUGAUCUCGACCUUCCCGAUGCCACAUCAGGCUCCGCUCAGAAGUGGACUUACGACCCUGAAAAUUCAGAACCUCGCGAGGCUCGUGCCGUGAGAUCGACCAGCAAAACUACAUCAAGCUCUGCCAAACCAAAAGCUCAUACUACCGAGCCUGAGCAACGCUAUCCCUGGCUUGCUAAUGUCCGGGACAUUGACGGCCAUCCUAUCGGUGACCCCGCAUACGACCCCAGAACGCUUUAUAUUCCUCCUCUCGCCUGGUCUAAGUUCUCUCCAUUCGAGAAGCAAUACUGGGAGAUCAAGCAAAAGUUCUGGGACACCGUGGUCUUUUUCAAGAAGGGCAAGUUCUAUGAAUUAUACGAAAAUGAUGCCACAAUUGGGCACCAGUUGUUUGACUUGAAACUCACCGAUCGUGUGAACAUGCGCAUGGUUGGAGUCCCGGAAUCGAGCUUGGACCAAUGGGCCAAUCAAUUCGUGGCCAAAGGCUUCAAGAUAGCGAGAGUUGACCAAUCCGAAUCAGCUCUUGGGAAAGAAAUGCGUGAACGAAACGGCAAGAAGGGCGGUGGAAAGGAAGAUAAGAUCAUUAAACGAGAGCUCGCCUGUGUUCUCACGGCAGGCACGUUGGUUGAGGGUGCUAUGCUUCAGGACGAUAUGUCGACCUUUUGCGUUGCGAUCAAAGAAGCCAUCAUUGAGGACCGUCCAGCUUUUGGUAUCGCUUUUGUUGAUACUGCCACGGGUCAGUUCUUCCUCACAGAAUUCGUUGAUGAUGUGGAUAUGACAAAGUUCGAAACUUUUGUGGCGCAGACACGCCCACAGGAGCUUCUUCUUGAAAAGUCAACUGUUUCCCAGAAAGCCCUGCGCAUAUUGAAAAACAAUACUGGUCCGACAACGAUCUGGAACCACCUCAAGCCAGGGAAAGAGUUCUGGGAGGCCGAUAUCACAGUCAAGGAGCUCGAUGUGAGUGAGUACUUUGUCUCUCCGGACAAUGACAAUAUCCACGCAUGGCCAGAGGCUCUUCGCCAGGCCCGUGACAAGGAGCUAGUUAUGUCGGCCUUCGGAGCUCUAGUACAAUAUCUCAGACUACUCAAGAUUGAGCGGGACUUGAUAACCAUUGGCAAUUUUUCAUGGUACGAUCCAAUCAAAAAGGCCUCCAGUCUUGUCUUGGAUGGCCAGACUCUGAUCAACAUGGAGAUUUUCGCCAAUUCCUUUGAUGGAGGCAUUGACGGUACACUAUUCCAACUACUCAAUCGGUGCAUGACACCCUUCGGGAAAAGAUUAUUCAAACAGUGGGUAUGCCAUCCUUUGGUAGAUCCAAAGCGAAUCAACGCCCGGUUAGAUGCAGUGGAUGCCCUGAACGCUGAUUCCAGUGUACGGGAUCAAUUUUCUUCGCAACUCACAAAGAUGCCUGAUCUCGAGCGCCUCAUAUCCCGCAUCCAUGCGGCCAACUGCAAAGCACAAGACUUCGUGCGAGUCCUCGAAGGGUUUGAACAAAUUGAGUACACCAUGAGUCUUCUCAAGGACAGUGGCUCAGGUGAAGGCGUUAUUGGGCAGUUAAUAAAAUCCAUGCCUGAUUUGACAGAGUUAUUGGAGUAUUGGAAGACAGCAUUUGACCACUCCCGAGCAAGAGAAAAUGGCAUCCUUGUUCCCAAGCCCGGCGUUGAAGAGGACUUUGACAACUCUCAGGAGAGCAUUCAACAGCUACAUCAAGACCUUGAAGAUCUCCUGAAGCGGACCCGGCGGGAGUUGGGCUCUACAGCGAUCUGCUAUAGAGAUAAUGGGAAAGAGAUUUACCAGAUGGAAGUACCAAUCAAGGUGAAGAACGUGCCGAAGAACUGGGAUCAGAUGUCAGCUACCAAGCAAGUUAAACGCUACUAUUUUCCGGAACUGCGAACGACCAUCCGCAAGCUACAAGAAGCCCAGGAGACGCAUAGCCAGAUUGUCAAAGAGGUCACCAAACGAUUCUAUACACGAUUUGACGAGCAUUACUCCACCUGGCUCUCUGCUGUCCGCGUUAUCGCACAGCUUGACUGCCUGAUCAGCUUGGCCAAAGCCUCCUCUAGCCUUGGUGAGCCAAGUUGUCGCCCUGUAUUUGUCGACCAGGAACGGAGCGUUCUUGAAUUCGAGGAGCUCCGCCAUCCGUGCCUUCUUUCCUCUGUCGAUGAUUUUAUCCCCAAUGAUAUUCAACUUGGCGGCAGUGCGCCCAAUAUUGACUUACUUACCGGCGCAAACGCGGCCGGAAAGUCCACUCUUCUUCGCAUGACCUGCGUUGCUGUGAUUAUGGCUCAGAUUGGGUGUUAUAUGCCCUGCAAAUCUGCCCGGCUGACCCCCGUUGAUCGUAUCAUGUCACGCCUCGGAGCUAACGACAACAUCUUCGCCGCGCAGUCAACUUUCUUCGUUGAGCUUUCUGAGACAAAGAAAAUACUCUCGGAAGCCACACCCCGCUCUCUCGUCAUUCUCGACGAGCUAGGCCGUGGAACCAGCUCUUACGACGGAGUUGCAGUUGCGCAAGCUGUCCUCCACCACGUCGCCACGCACAUUGGUGCCCUUGGCUUUUUCGCUACUCAUUACCACUCCUUGGCUGCUGAGUUUGAGAAUCACCCUGAGAUCAAACCAAAACGCAUGAAGAUCCACGUGGACGACGAGGAGCGGCGCGUCACGUUCCUGUAUAAAUUAGAAGAUGGCGUCGCAGAAGGUUCGUUCGGUAUGCAUUGUGCUGCAAUGUGUGGCAUCUCCAAUAAGGUCAUCGAGCGCGCCGAAGUUGCAGCCAAGCAGUGGGAGCACACCAGCCGGCUUACGGAGAGCCUUGAGCGCAGGAAGGGCGGCGGGCUUAUCGGGCUCGGCUGGUGGAGUGAUGUAGCAUGGGCUCUUCGUGAGACGAGUGCGGGUGACGAGGACAACUCUGUCGUGGUUACGGAUAGAAGCUUGGAGGUUCUUCGGAGAGCUAUCGAAGCCCUCUGA